AACCGACUUUUUUUUUCUAUAAGCUCAAUUCACCUUUUACCAACACGCCCUUGUUACAAUGACGAACGAUUUCUACCAGCCAAUACAACUAUUCCGUCAAAACGCCUUAACAAGGAAAAGAUCCAUUACCACGCCUCGCUCGCAGUCCAGUGCCCUGUCUUGUGAGUCCCGAUCCUCAUGGUUGUUACAGUCCCAGCUUGAUAACACCAAGCAGUUGGACAAGGCCUGCUCCUUGGACAGCCUUGCAAUUGCCUCCAACUACUGGAAGAUCCCCGACGACAACCUAUACCUUACCUCUAUGGCCAUUAACAACGACAGCAUCAACCCGUUACUAGCCGUAUCUUCCGGCUCCAAAACCGACAAUCUCUAUAUCUAUGACAUUAAUAUGCAAGAAAACUACUUGACCCAUCACAAUACCAUCUCCUUAUCACACAUAUACUCCAUGAAAUGGCUAGACAAAAAGUCCUACAACGACCCCAACCUUUUAUUGACUGGUAACAAGAAAGGCUACGCGCACCUCACCUUGAUCCCCAAUUCACAAGAGCUUGACGCCUCUGCCGAAAUUGUCAAGCGGUUCAACCAUCAAAAGCAUUUAGCCGGAGACAGCGUAAGAAGUCGGGUCCUUGACACGCCGCCUAUCUCUCCGGUGUUGGCCUACUCCUCCUCUCUGGUGACCAAUGUUGACACAGCCCCAAAGACAUGGAGGAACUCCCCCAAUAACAGCAUCUUCACGUUAUACAAGGAACAUAUUUUCAACUGGGAUUCCACCAAGUCACGCAGCCCCAUCUUGAAGAUCAACUCACACGGCACUGUGAUGUUUGACGCUGCGCCCCAGCGUGAGGCGAUUCUUGCCUUGAGUGGUACCUACGGGGUAGCUUUACACGAUUUGAGAUGUGGGGACAGAGGAACUUUGCUUGCUCCUCAGGUUUCCGGCGCGUCGCUGGCGAAUUAUGUGAAGUGGGCUCCAUACGAUGCCAAUGUCCUUGCGGCCUCUUACGCGGAUGGGGUCGCCAGACUCUGGGAUAUCCGUAACCGCUCAGCUCCGUUUGCCGAGUUGGAUGGCCACACAGACACAAUCUCCUCUGUAGAAUGGAGCGAGGAGAAUGCUUGCGAUUUAUACACGGCUGGCAGGGAUGGCAAUAUUGUGCACUGGGACUUGUCGGUUGAUGGGGCCUGCCGGUCCACGUUGCAGAAGUGCUCUUUAAGUGUCGGUUUCGCUGCCGUCAUGGCUGAUAGCCGUUCAGAUACUAUUGUUGGCAAGAGACAAUGCGGUACGGUGAUUCCUGCUUCGAGCUCUGGGAUAGUUCAGUUGGGCACUAUCUACAACCAAAGUGGUAGCAAGUUGUUGUCCAUUGAUGGCUCUUCGUUUUUGGGCGUCCAUUGCAAGAGUUCCGAGAACUCUACGGUUUUGAACCGUGGAGGGAGCGGGUCUGAGAAUGGUGCCACGGCUUCCUGGAGCACGGAGGAGGUGGACUAUUCCGUUGUUGACCAAAGCUCCGAGGGUCUUACGGUCAGCAAGCACCGUUUGGCUAUCCCCGAAUUGGAAGAGGAUCUCAGCAGUAUUUUUUCCCUGGCCGCUUCACCAACGCACACAAGAAGCUCUUCAAACACGCCUUCCUUGCCUUCGAUCCAGGAGGAUAGCUCUGCCGAAGAAGAGGCGCUUGAUGAGAUGCUCGACUUGAUGAUCCAACGUACAAUGGAGCACGACAAGAGCAGUUUCGGGUUGCCCACUCAAAUAGUAGACGAGUUUACCUUCCACCAACCUCCACCGAUCCUGCCGCAGAAAAUCCAGUAUGGUAGAAGCCACUCGUUGAGUGAUCAAUACUCGUCUGAUGGGGAUAGCCAUGCACAUUCGCCAAGCUUCAGUCAUGGUACUUUGACCCCACAAACCUCGAUGGAGUCGCUAGCCUUAAACAACUACCGUACCGCUACUGGAGACACUUUGGGUCACACCCGUCCUGCUUUUUCUGAUAGCACAAAGGCGCCCCACAGCGAAAACUCCCUGCACUACCCAGAAGGCAUAUUACCAGUUAUACCAACUCCUGCAUUAGUCUAACGAACCAAAACCGCACCCACGCCUUCAUCCAACCAGGUGGUUUUUCUUUCUCCUUUUAUCCUGAUUGUUUUUUUUAUAUUGUAUGUAUUAAUGAUAUUUGUGUUGGCUUAAUCAGUAACGCUCAACGUGUGAUUUCAUCGCUGACCGGCAUCCAUCUUUCACAAGAACACCCGGUUAACUUGCUCUUUGUACCUUAUUCUGAUACCCACAACUCGUGGAGGUAUAAACACUGUUUAUUAGAUAACUAGCCAUUGAUCUGUUUAAAU